AUGGUUUGUUUGCCUCACCACACCAGCUACCCACUAAAUAAAGCACCCUUCUUACCGCGCACUACACCCAGUACAGUCCGGACCGCCUCUCUCCCCCUCCCAUCCCUUAGCCCCGUUUCCUUCACACCGGCCCCGCCCCUCGCUGGCUGCCCUGGGGAUACUGGCCACGGGGACUGCCGGUACGCCCAGGAUGAUCUGAUCCUCCUCUCCUACAAUGUUCAUGGCCUUAAUAUGCAUGAGAAGUGCACCCGUCUCCUGCGAGACCUCAAACGAUAUAACACAUCCAUAGCCUUCCUCCAGGAGACACAUUUUCAGGAACCAACACUGAAAAACCGCAAACAUCCACUAGGAUAUUUCAGCAACAAUGGAGUGGGCAUUCUGUUCUCUAAACUAAUCCCAUAUACCGAACACUCGACCCUCCGCUGCGAACAAGGUAGAUAUGUAUUCACGAAGGGCACCAUUCAGGACCAGCAAUACACGUUCGACAAUAUCUAUGCCCCAAAAUCGAAACAAUACCAGUUCCUCCACUCCGCGCUCAACACCCUGAUGAGAUUCGCAGAAGGGAGCCUGGUGUUAGGGGGAGACCUGAACCUGGCGCUACACACCAACCAGGACUCCUGCGCCCGACCAGGGGCAAGCCCGGACAACAGGCACGCUAAAACUGUCUACUCCAUCACCACCAACUAG